UUGCUGCAGACUGCGGAUCACACACAGGGUUGUGACCAUUAGGUGCUCACUUGGGUGUCGAAAAAUGGUGAAAAUAACAACAGUGAAGACCAAGCCGUACACGGACCAGAAGCCGGGGACGAGCGGUCUGAGAAAGAGGGUGACGGUGUUUCAACAGAACCAGCACUAUGCGGAAAACUUCAUCCAGAGCACCCUGUCUGUCAUCGAGCCUGCAGAGCGCCAGGCUGCCACCGUGGUGGUGGGAGGAGACGGCAGGUUCUUCAUGAAAGACGCCAUUCAGCUCAUCGUCCAGAUUGCUGCUGCCAACGGGAUUGGUAAUCUGGUGAUUGGUCAGGAUGGCAUCAUGUCCACCCCAGCCGUCUCCUGUGUGAUCCGCAAGAUAAAGGCGGUGGGGGGCAUCAUCCUCACAGCCAGCCACAACCCCGGAGGCCCCAACGGAGACUUUGGCAUUAAGUACAACAUCUCCAGCGGAGGACCUGCUCCAGAGGGCAUCACAAACAAAAUAUAUGAAGUCAGCAAAGGCCUGCAGGAGUAUCACAUCUGCCCGGAGCUGAAGGUCGAUCUCUCCAAAAUCGGAAAACAGACCUUUGAGGUGGAGACUUUCAAACCUUUCACAGUGGAGAUCGUGGACUCUGUGGAGGCCUACGCUGAGAUGCUGAGGGGCAUCUUUGACUUUGCUGCGCUGAAGGAGCUUCUCUCCGGAGCCAACCACAUCAACGUGCGCCUGGACGCCAUGCACGGAGUGGUCGGUCCCUAUGUGAAGAAGAUCGUCUGUGAAGAACUCGGUUCUCCUGCAAACUCUGCCGUCAACUGUGUCCCCAAGGAGGACUUCGGAGGACACCACCCUGACCCCAAUCUGACGUACGCCGCCGAUCUGGUCAACGCCAUGAAAGGAGGAGAGUACGACUUCGGAGCUGCUUUUGACGGUGAUGGUGACCGGAACAUGGUGCUGGGUAAACAGGGCUUUUUCGUGAACCCCUCAGACUCUGUGGCUGUCAUCGCUGCAAACAUCACCAGCAUCCCUUAUUUCCAGAAGACUGGUGUGAAGGGACUGGCCCGCAGUAUGCCCACCAGUGGAGCUCUGGACAAUGUGGCUAAAGCUCUUCAGAUGCAGCUGUACGAGACUCCGACCGGUUGGAAGUUCUUCGGUAAUCUGAUGGAUGCGGGCAAACUGUCACUGUGUGGAGAGGAGAGCUUCGGCACAGGUUCAGAUCAUAUCCGCGAGAAGGACGGUUUGUGGGCGGUGCUUGCGUGGUUGUCGAUCUUAGCCACCAGGAAACAGAGCGUGGAAGAGAUCAUGAAGGACCACUGGCAGAAGUUCGGCAGGAACUUCUUCACAAGGUACGACUACGAGGAGGUGGACUCCGACGCUGCCAACAAGAUGAUCAAGGAUCUGGAGACGGCCAUGUUCGACCCAUCCUUCGUAGGGAAGAAGUUCUCCUCGGGGGAUAAGACGUACGAGGUGGCUGUCGCUGAUAACUUCGCCUACACAGACCCUGUGGAUGGAAGUGUGUCCAAAAACCAGGGUUUGAGGAUCAUCUUCUCCGAUGGUUCUAGGAUUAUUUUCCGUCUCAGCGGUACGGGCAGCGCGGGGGCAACAGUCAGGCUCUACAUAGACAGCUACGAGAAGGACCCCCAGAAGAUUUACCAGGACCCACAGGUGAUGCUGGCCCCUCUGGUGGACAUCGCCCUGAAGGUCUCCCAGCUCCACGAGAGGACUGGACGCUCAGGUCCCACCGUGAUCACAUGAUCCCUCUGCCACACUGCCUCCGCACCCCCCCCCCCCCCCCCCCCCCCCGCAGUCCUCAGCAACAGGAUACCUCCACUCUCUCUCUGGGGGUGAAGCUGCCCUUGAAUUCUGUCUUGGCUUCAGUUCCUGGCCGUUUCGACAAAAAACUGAAACCCAACAUGGAGGCAGACUACAAGAAACACAUCUCUAUUAGAGGUUAACCACUGCCAUUAUCUAGUGUUAAAGUAUGAGAACACUGUUUCCCUGUCACAUGUUCAAACAAAUAUGUAGCUUUUUAUGCAGUAGCAACAAGUUUGUCUCAGAAGUCUCAUAUUUUAUUCAUGUGUUUAAAGGAAAACAAAAA